UUCUCCUAGAGGGACAGUAGUGUGACCGCCAUGUCAUCCUUGGUGGCAUAUGAUGACUCGGACUCAGAUGCAGAGCUGGCUGACCCAUGUGGUGCAGCUGGGCCAAGGAAAGACUCAAGUACUGUGGCCCAAACACUGGAUUUUGCCUCACAUACCCUGUGUGAAUCAGUGCGGGGAGUACUGGCCCCCAAACCUGGCUCUUGUGAAGAGGUAGUGGGACCUCGCCUUCAUCUCCCACUGGCGCGCCUUGGGAGAGUGGCCCCUGGGUCUUGUCCCAGCCAGAGGCUGCAGUGGCCCCGGACAAAACUGGAAGUCAUCUGCCCCAACCCCCAGCCUCAGUCCUCCCUGUGGAUGAACCACCUUCCUGCAAGCCAUGCGCCUGUAGCUGUGGCUCAUGGGAAGCCCCUGAAGCACCCCUGGGAAAGAUAUGGCUCCCUAGAGCCGCCCCUUCCUGCUCAGACCAAAGCCGAAGCUCCUGGGAAUAGUAUUUGCUCUCUUCAGAGAAAAAGGGGUGAGGACUGUGUGGUACCUUAUACCCCAAAGAGACUCCGACAGUUGCCAGAGUCAAAUUCAGAGAACAGUAAGAGCAGAGAUGGGGACUCUUCUGUUGGCCCAGGCCGGCCCCCAGCCUCUCUGAGUGUGCGUCCCCGAGUGUCCAAGUUAAUUGAGCCCUACCUGGACAGUCAGUACAAAGAAACCGUGAUUGCCAAGAAGGUGCUUUUCCAGUUGCGUGGCCACCGUGGCCCAGUGAACAGCAUCCAGUGGUGCCCCGUUUUCUCCCACAGUCAUAUGCUGCUGUCCACAUCCAUGGAUAAGACCUUCAAGGUAUGGGAUGCCGUGGAUGCGGGCAACUGCCUGCAGACCUACUCUCUGCACAGUGAGGCCGUGAGGGCCGCCCGCUGGUCGCCCUGCGGCCAGCGCAUCCUCAGUGGCGGCUUCGACUUCGCCCUGCGCCUCACAGACCUGGAAACAGGAGCCCAGCUACUCACUGGCCAAAGUGACUUUCGGGUUACAGCUGUGAAAUUUCACCCCAAAGAGCAUGAUAUCUUCCUGUGCGGGGGCUUUAGCCCCGAAAUCAAGGCCUGGGAUAUCAGGACUGGCAAGGUGGUGCGAGGCUACAAGGCGACUGUGCAGCAGACCCUGGACAUCCUAUUCCUGCAGGAAGGUUCUGAGUUUCUGAGCAGCACGGAUGCCUCGAGCCGGGAUUCGGCUGACCGCACCAUCAUUGCCUGGGACUUUCGCAGCUCUGCCAAGAUCUCCAACCAGAUCUUCCAUGAGAGAUACACUUGCCCUAGCCUUGCGUUGCAUCCUCGAGAGCCUGUGUUCCUGGCGCAGACCAACGGCAACUACCUGGCCCUCUUCUCGGCUGUGUGGCCCUACAGGAUGAGCCGGCGGCGGCGCUAUGAGGGACACAAGGUGGAAGGCUAUGCCGUGGGCUGCGAGUGCUCUCCGGAUGGUGAGCUGCUGGCAACGGGCAGCGCUGAUGGCCGUGUCCUACUCUACACGUUCCGCACGGCCAGCCAGGCACGCAUACUGCAUGCGCAUACGCAGGCCUGCCUGGGUGCCACCUUCCACCCUGUGCUGCCCUCUGUCUUUGCCACCAGCUCCUGGGAGGGUGAGGUGAAGAUCUGGCACUGAUGAAUGGCCUUCAGGGGUGGGAGCCUCAGGAUAUGGGCUGGCCUCCUCCUGCUGCCUUGAGCCUUGGUUUCCUCAUCUGUCAAACUGGGCUGAAAGGCUAGGCUUGCAGCAGGGGUGGGGCCCAAUAAAGUCUUUACAUGCCCAA